AUGAGUCUCCAAUUCCACAACUACCCCGAAGCUCGCAAAGGCCCCGCAGAGCCUUACAAAAGGGAGGAUGUCUCUUUGCCGGUCCUGCGUGGAGCGCCGCUAGCUAUUGGCGCGACCUUAAUACACCAUGUAGCAUUCCUCCAGAACCAUCUCUGGCACAAUGCCGGCCUGACCAACUUCCGUAAAACGGUGAAAAUGCUCAACAGCUAUGCGCCGCGUUUUGAUCCUACCGUGGUGCCAAUCUUCAGUCGCAGCGACGCAGAUACACAACCAUCGCUUCCAACUCCCCAGGAACAGCGCGGGGCUAGCGAUGCUGGUUUCUGGACCUCGGUUGAUUAUCAUCAACGGUACUUGUCUGGUGACCUGACACCGACCGUUGUCAUCGAGACUCUGCUUCCGUUGAUCCAGAGAGAAACAAAGCCACAUGGCAAAUUCUCCAUUGGGUUCUUGGAAACGCAAGUCGACACCGUCAGGGCUGCUGCGGCUGCCUCAACCAAGCGGUAUAGGGAUGGAAAGCCGCUUGGUCCGCUGGACGGCGUUCCUGUUGCUGUCAAGGAUGAGGUUCAUCUGAAGGGGUAUAAAAGAACGCUUGGUAGUAAGCUUGAUUUCUCGCAUGGGUUUAAUGCGACGUCUUGGUGUGUUGAGAAAUGGGAGGAAGCGGGAGCCAUCGUGAUUGGAAAGACUACGAUGCAUGAGGUCGGUAUUGAUACAACAAAUAACAAUCCCAACACCGGAACACCUCGCAAUCCAUUCAACCGAAACUACUACUGUGGCGGCUCAUCUGGGGGUUCAGCCUAUGCCCUCGCUGCAGGACUUGUGCCAAUAGCUCUUGGUGCUGAUGGCGGAGGAUCCAUUCGUGUACCGUCCUCAUACUGUGGUGUUUACGGCCUCAAGCCUACUCACGGCCGCAUUUCUGGUGCACCCAGCCCAUCGCUAGCUCCCACUGUAGGCGUCUACGGUCCUAUGGCUUCUAGCAUAGACGACCUCGCGCUCGCCUACCGCGUUCUAGCUGCUCCGCCACCUGCUGAUGUAGACGGCAUUGCAUCCGAAUUCCCAAACCCGCUCACCAUAUUAACUUCAUAUUCACAAACCGCCAAGCACAGAACAAUCGGCCUUGUUCGGCCAUGGAUCGACCGUUCAGAGCCAGCCGUGCGAGCCAUUUUCGACCACAUGAUUAAACACCUACAAGACAGCAAGGGCUACAGAGUCAUUGACAUUGACAUCCCCUACCUCCCCGAGGGCCAACAAGCGCACGCCCUCACAAUACUCGGCGAACUCGCCUCCGGCAUCCCCUCAUCCGACGUGAGCUCUUUACUACCGCAUACAAAAUUAUUAAUAUCCGUAAGCGGCACCAAAUCCACGGGCACCGACUACAUAGCAGCGCAAAGAAUGCGAAAUCUACUCAUGUGCCAUCUAUCGCACCUCUUCACCACACACAGAGAGUCCGGAUCGGACCUGCUAAUCCUCACCCCAACCGUGCCUAUACCCGGCAGCGAGAUCAAGGGUGGGAAGAGGGAUUUGACAUAUGGCAUCUCGGAUGCGAUGAGCUCUACUCGCAGUAUGGAGUUUGUCUAUUUGGCGAAUUUUACGGGAUGUCCUGCUAUUAAUUUCCCCGGUGGGUAUGUGGAAGAGACAGGUAUGCCGGUUGGGUUGAUGGCGAUGGGGGAAUGGGGUAGCGAAGAGGCUCUGUUGACGUUUGUGAGGGAUACUACGGACGUGGGUUCGUUGGGUGUUGAGGGGAGGUUGAGACUGCCCACUCACAGACAACAACAAGAUGAUGAUGAUGAGAAUGCUUCGUGGGUAGAUGUAAUCGGUGAAGCAGAAAGGAAAAUCAAGGGUUCAAACGCGAGCAAGUUGUAA